ACCCGCGGAGGGGGGGGUGAUAUUGUGACGUCUCUAAAACUCACCAGAAGGAAAGUUUAGCUGUGAACAGUGAGUAUGAAUUCGGGCUAAUUGUGAGGGAAAGUGUCUCUGAGCGCUGUUUCAGUUUAGUUAACGCCCGCAGGAGGGAGGCGGAUAUUUGUACAUGCGAUGUGCCCCCCCUCCGCCUGUCGCUCAGGUUGGGCCGCACUAGUGUAAUAUUCCUCUGCGCGCGGGGAGCUGUUGGUCGGCGCUGGUGUCUCCUCCUCACUAUGCAAAGUGUCCUCACUGGCCGCUGCCUCUGCCUGUAGUAACUAUGCGCUCAGUGUGACACAGACAGGCAGGCGAGCCCUGCGCACCGUCUAAUCUCCUCGCUGCCUCAUCCCCGCCCGACUGCAAACUUCCCCGGACUGUCCAAUCCGCUACUCUCCUGCCCGCCUGCUUCUUGGUGUGUUUGGGGGGCGCCUGUCACGUUGUAAGCGGCUCCGAGGGGCUGUGAGUGGAAGUCAGUGAGAUACUUAAGUGACCGACAAGUCAACUUACCUGCUGCAACUGACAGACGCUCAUCAUUUACAGGAGAGAACUGCAUGUACGUGUAAUUGUCCCUGCGGGCACCCAGCUAACUGUAUUACUACCAGACGUCUUGACCUGCAUUGAAUUUCGCCUUCAGUACUAAAUAAGCAUCAGAAUGGGGAAACAGAACAGUAAGCUGCGGCCUGAGAUCCUACAAGAUCUCCGGGAAAACACAGAGUUCACAGACCACGAAUUGCAGGAAUGGUACAAAGGCUUCCUGAAGGAUUGUCCCACUGGGCACUUAACGGUCGAAGAAUUCAAAAAGAUAUACGCCAACUUCUUCCCGUACGGAGAUGCCUCAAAGUUCGCGGAGCACGUGUUCCGUACAUUCGACACUAACGGGGAUGGGACAAUAGACUUCCGGGAAUUUAUCAUCGCCCUUAGUGUCACCUCCAGAGGGAAGCUGGAGCAGAAGCUGAAAUGGGCAUUUAGCAUGUACGACCUGGAUGGAAAUGGCUAUAUCAGCCGCGGGGAGAUGCUAGAAAUUGUGCAGGCAAUAUACAAAAUGGUCUCAUCAGUGAUGAAAAUGCCAGAAGAUGAAUCUACUCCAGAAAAAAGAACAGACAAAAUAUUUAAGCAAAUGGACACAAAUAAUGAUGGUAAACUUUCCCUUGAAGAAUUUAUUAAAGGUGCCAAGAGUGACCCUUCCAUCGUCCGAUUGCUACAGUGUGACCCGAGCAGCACCAGCCAGUUCUAACCCUCCUCCUCCCAUACGGACAAUGGCAACAGGCCACGUGGCUUGUGAUUUAAGCUCUGCAAGUGGAUGCCUUCUCCAUCCUUCCUCUACUUGUAGCGGAUCCCCAACCCCCUCGCCAGAAAACAGCCUUGCCCCUCCCCCUUCAUUUCCCACUCGCUGACAUUCCUUUUCUCUGGCAUCAGUCUCACUCACACUUAUGUUUACAUACAGAUACAAGGGAACUGUUCUCCUGCUCAAGUCUCGCUGCCCUGGAUUAUUAUAUACGCGGAAUAUAACGGUGGUGCGACGACGCUACGCUGAACUCUUAUUUGAAUAGAAUAAGCAGAUUGUGGUUUUCGCUUUGUAACAAAAAUUAAAUAGAUAUGGACCAACCAAACGAUAUGGACUCCAUUUUGAAAGCACAAGAAAAUACCUUUUUUUUUUUUUUCUUCUUUGAAGCGAAUUGCUUGCAAGUUCUUUAAUAAUAAAUGUCUUGUAUAUAUAUAUAUAGAAAUAGAUAUAUCUAUACUUAUUUGUUUAUUGUUUAUUGCUCUCCUCUGUGAAUACGUUCUCAUUCUGUUUAUGCUUUAAUUUAAACGCCAUGACGUCAAUGGUUGCACCACGUCUAGUAACCCAUAGCAACCAAUCAGAUGCUUGCCUUCAAACCGUUACCCAGUGGUCGCUUUUGGUUCUCGAAAUGCAGCGAAUUGUUUGACUUUUAUUACAUUACCCUCAAAGGCUUCCUCAAGUGAUUAAAGGGGAACUUCACCUAAAAAUAAAGGUUUGUUACUUGUGUAACUUUUAAA